CGGCGUCCGUCUGAGGCAGCCGAGGCGCGGGCCCCGCGCGGUCCUGCUCCGCGCACGCGCCCCGCGACCUCCCGGAGCUGACAGCGCGAGCGCGCGGCCCCGCGGGAGCAGCACGGAUGUACGACAACAUGUCCACGAUGGUGUAUAUAAAGGAAGACAAGUUGGAGAAGCUGACACAGGAUGAGAUUAUUUCUAAGACAAAGCAAGUGAUUCAGGGGCUGGAGGCUUUGAAGAACGAGCACAAUUCCAUCUUACAGAGUUUGCUGGAGACCCUGAAGUGUUUGAAGAAAGAUGACGAAAGUAAUCUGGUGGAAGAGAAAUCAAACAUGAUCCGAAAGUCUCUGGAGAUGUUGGAGCUUGGCCUGAGUGAGGCACAGGUCAUGAUGGCUCUGUCCAACCACCUGAACGCUGUGGAGUCUGAGAAGCAGAAAUUGCGCGCACAGGUUCGUCGGCUGUGCCAGGAGAAUCAGUGGCUGCGGGACGAGCUGGCCAACACGCAGCAGAAGUUGCAGAAGAGCGAGCAGUCCGUGGCUCAGCUGGAGGAGGAGAAGAAGCACCUGGAGUUCAUGAAUCAGUUAAAGAAAUACGAUGACGACAUCUCCCCAUCCGAGGACAAAGACACUGAUUCCACCAAAGAACCUCUGGAUGACCUUUUCCCAAAUGACGACGACGAUCCUGGGCAAGGAAUCCAGCAGCAGCACAGCAGUGCAGCGGCGGCCGCACAGCAGGGCGGCUACGAGAUCCCGGCACGGCUGCGCACUCUCCACAACCUGGUCAUCCAGUACGCCUCACAGGGGCGCUACGAGGUGGCCGUGCCGCUCUGCAAGCAGGCCCUGGAGGACCUGGAGAAGACGUCCGGCCACGACCACCCGGAUGUGGCCACCAUGCUGAACAUCCUGGCCUUGGUGUACAGAGACCAGAAUAAAUACAAAGAUGCCGCUAAUCUACUGAACGAUGCCUUGGCCAUCCGUGAGAAGACUUUGGGCAAAGAUCAUCCUGCGGUGGCGGCGACUCUGAAUAACCUUGCAGUGCUUUACGGCAAGAGAGGGAAGUACAAAGAGGCCGAACCGCUGUGUAAGAGAGCGCUGGAGAUCCGAGAGAAGGUUUUGGGAAAGGAUCACCCCGACGUUGCCAAGCAGUUAAAUAACUUGGCCUUACUGUGCCAGAAUCAGGGCAAGUACGAGGAAGUAGAAUAUUAUUAUCAAAGAGCCCUGGAGAUCUACCAAACAAAACUGGGGCCUGAUGACCCCAAUGUGGCCAAAACAAAAAAUAACCUGGCAUCCUGCUAUCUGAAGCAAGGAAAAUUCAAGCAGGCAGAAACACUGUACAAAGAGAUUCUCACUCGUGCACACGAAAGGGAGUUUGGCUCUGUAGAUGAUGAAAAUAAACCCAUUUGGAUGCACGCUGAAGAAAGAGAAGAAUGCAAAGGAAAGCAAAAGGACGGGACAUCUUUUGGAGAGUAUGGCGGCUGGUACAAAGCCUGCAAAGUUGAUAGUCCAACUGUUACAACUACUUUGAAAAACCUUGGGGCACUUUACAGACGUCAAGGCAAAUUUGAAGCUGCAGAGACAUUGGAAGAAGCUGCCAUGAGGUCCCGUAAACAGGGUCUUGACAAUGUUCACAAACAGAGAGUAGCCGAAGUGCUGAAUGACCCUGAGAACAUGGAGAAGCGGAGAAGCCGGGAGAGUCUGAACGUGGACGUGGUCAAGUACGAGAGCGGCCCUGACGGAGGGGAGGAAGUGAGUAUGAGCGUAGAGUGGAACGGGGACGGCACGGGAUCUUUAAAGCGCAGUGGCUCCUUUAGCAAACUCCGGGCUUCAAUUAGACGCAGCAGUGAGAAGCUGGUUAGGAAGCUGAAGGGAGGAAGCUCUCGAGAGAGUGACCCAAAGAACCCCGGCAUGAAGCGGGCCAGUUCCCUGAAUGUCCUUAACGUGGGUGGCAAGGCCGCUGAAGACCGUUUCCAAGAACGAAAUCCUUGUCUGGCAGACUCGCGAGCUCUGAGUGCCAGCCACACUGACCUGGCCCACUGAGGGCCGAGGCAGAGCUAGCUAGAACCCCCGAGACUAAAGAAGCACUGAGGCCUGGGGGCUUUGCCAUGCCCCUCCCCACUCAGCAGGGGCCCCCCAGCUCCGGGGUUGCUUCCUUUUCUAGCUAGUGCUGUCGCCGCCUCUUGGAGGUUUGCCCCGAAUUCUGUUAAGCUGUCCAAGAGGGGCCGAAGUGUGAGCGUGAGACCGGCCCGCGGAGGCCCCGGCAGGUGGCUGCAGCUCGUUGGGAAGCGGCCGCUGCUCCCGGGACACUUGUACUCCCUGCCGCUACGCCAGGAUCGGUUGUAAAUGUUCACACUGUAUUAAGGCUGUAAAUUCAGACUCUGGAACCUCGCGCUGCUCCCUUCUACACUGUGCAUCUGAUAGCCUCUGGCGGUGCCCCCAGGGUUCAGAAUGGCGCUCGGGAGCGGGAGAGAUGGGGGCCGCCCUGGUGGGUUUGGGUCUCGGCUGAGCCCCGCUCCCGCAGCGCAGCCGCUCCACGCGCUCUGCCCAACGCGCCGCGGGCUCCCGCGCCCGGCCCAGCGGAGGCCAUGUCCCCCUGCCAGACCCUGAGCAUCAAGCACAUGGGGGCGUGGGUUUAUUUUUCAAAAGGUGUUCUUUGUAGUGUUAAGUAGCACGGGGUAGGUUUUGACGGGACGUGUCCCAGUCCACCCUGCAGCCCUCCCGGGAGGGGCGGCGUGAGGCUGCCUCGUAGGUUCAGAACAUUCUGAGCAGAUGACAGGGUUUGUGACUCCAGAUGGCAGCGGCGGUGAGCAGGGGGACGGGCGGGAGUGGGGAGAUGCAGCCUGCAGGGGGGGGUGGUCUGGGACGUGGUGCUUCCCGGUGACAAGCUGCAGCUUGUGACUUCAGUGUUAUGUGGGGUUACUGCCGGGACACGUGCUUUUGCCUGUCCCCAGGCACCUCCUCCUCCUGAAUCACACUCUGCCUGGGUACGUGUGAGGGGUCUUCCUGGGGGUCCCCCAGUACUACACGUGUCCCUUGGGGGCUGCGGGCUGGGAACUUGUGGAGGGUCCCAUCAUUUAAGACCACAGGAGCGCCUGGCCUUGCUCGUCAGUGUGGUGUGGCCGUGUGCCUGUUCCUGCCCAGAGAUCGGUGCUCUGUUCUGCCUGCAGGUGCCCAUGGGUCUGGCUGGGGGGCUUCCACGGCCGCCCCCCUUUCCACAGCGCCCGACUGUCCGGUGUUGCAGCUUCUGGUGGGCCGGGAGUGCUCUCCAGGGUUGGUUUGCACGUGGGAUGGGUUGUGAGAUGCUCAAGCCAAGAGAACAGCAGUGCCGUGUCCUCGUGUCCCUUCGAGGCUCAGGGGCUGCCGGGGCAUGAUGUGAUCAGUAGGGAGGGCCCUGGGAGCUGUCCUGUCCCCUCUGUCCGAAGGGCUCUUCUCAGGCCAUGAAACUGAUCUGGUGCAUUGGAAGCUUAACCCGUUUCCCUUAGCGACACAUGUGUCUGGAGAACAUGGGGCCGAGAACAGGAUUUAAUGUCCCGCUUGCAGCAGGGGGGGGCGUUUGUUGAACCCUCCCCGCCUGGGAGCCCUCGGCCCUUGGUUCUCUGAGGGCCGACAUUGCCUUGUGGGGCUGUGAGGAAACGUAGCCAGGGUGAGAGAAGCCAGCCGGCCUCC